GGGGUUCCGUGUGGAAAAGGAGUGUGUGAGGGAAAGGAGGAGGAGGGGGUUCGGGUGCAAAGUUUAGUUUCAAACCGUCUGCAAAGAGCGGCGGCUGAGGCUGAGGCGAAGGAUAAGAAGGGAUCGGCGAAGGGGGAGAAGCGCACUGAGAAGCAGCAGCCGCCGCAGCCAUGGGCACCGAGGGUGCGGGCCUCGACCCUAGCCGGCGCCACGGGACUGCUGCUCCCCAUCACCGUCGCCGCCGCCGCGGAUGCCGCCGGGCCCGGCUGAUGUGCAUGCUGGCGCUGACCUUCGUGUUCUUCCUCGUCGAGGUGGCCGUGAGCCGCCUCACCUCCUCGCUGGCCAUGCUCUCAGACUCCUUCCACAUGCUCUCCGACGUGAUGGCGCUGGUGGUGGCCCUGGUGGCCGUGCGCUUCGCCCAGCGGACGCGCGCCACCUCCAAGAACACCUUCGGCUGGGUCCGCGCCGAGGUCAUGGGCGCCCUCGUCAACGCCGUCUUCCUCACCGCGCUCUGCUUCACCAUCCUGCUCGAGGCCGUCGAGCGCUUCACAGAGCCCCACGAGAUCCAGCAGCCCCUCGUCGUCAUCGGCGUCGGCGCCGCCGGGCUCCUCGUCAACCUGCUCGGGCUCUGCCUCUUCCACCAGCACGGAGGCGGCGGCGGCGGAGGGGACGGCGGGCACGGGCACUCGCACCGCGGGCGCCGGCACCAGGGACAGGCCCAGCGGGGGAAGGACGGCCAACAGCAGCAGCUCCAUCAGCAAGAGGAGACCAACACCCUGGUGGACAGCUACAGCGGAUCCAAUGGGGUCGGCAUGGAGAAGAUAGGUGAUUCGUCGAAAGAAAGCCAAAUGGAACUACAGCCAAAUGGGAAUGUUAGCAAUCAUUCCUCUCUUGAUAUGGAGGUUGAUGUAGAUACUAGCGGUCAACUUAACAUGCGUGGAGUAUUUCUUCAUGUCCUUGGAGAUGCUUUGGGUUCAGUAAUAGUAGUAGUGAAUGCCUUAGUAUUUUAUGCUUAUUGGACUCCAUGCCCGGAUGAUGGGCUUUGCAUCAAUCCAUGUAUCAACGACCACUGUGCCGAAAAUGGUACUCGGAUGUCUGCUCGAAUGGAUGCAAUGGUUCUAGACGAAGUUACCAUUGCUGGUCCCUGCUGGGUUCUAUAUUUAGAUCCUGCCCUGUGUCUGAUAAUGGUUUGCAUUCUGCUCUACACAACAUAUCCACUUCUUAAAGAAUCGGCUCUCAUCCUUUUGCAAACUGUUCCCAAACAAAUUGAUAUCCGCUCUUUAAACGAGAAACUCCGCAAGCUGGAAGAAGUUGAAGCGGUUCAUGAAUUGCAUGUUUGGCAGCUAGCAGGAAGCAGGAUCAUUGGGACCGCUCAUAUAAAAUGUAAAGACCCAGAAACUUACAUGAAAGUGGCAAAGGAUAUAAAGGAGAUCUUUCAUGAUGAAGGGAUACAUGCAACCACCAUUCAGCCAGAAUUUGCCAUUGUGGGCUCAGGUGUGGAUUUUGAGGCUGUGAGCAGCAAAUGUGAGCUUCCCUGCCGAACCCAGUGUGCUCUCAAGCAGUGUUGUGAGGCUGCUGAAAAGACUUCCGCAAAGAAGACUGAAAAGUCCCCCUCAAUUAGUAUUUCUUGCUCAGAAAUAGUCAUUGACUCUCCACACCACAAAACCCGGAGGACUAAAUCAGAGUGCAUCCCUGUCGUAAAGCUAGAGAUGGGAUCUGACCCCAACAAACAGUUUGAAUCUUCUUUGUAAUUCCGAAAGUUGUGCUGAGCGAAGUUUGGAUUCAAUCACAGGUUGACUGUGAGAAGACAGACUAGCAUUAAAAGACACAAGUUGCAAAAUAAUGUAAUUGCUGAAGUCCCUGUUCUUGUCACAAAACUUAAAUCUAGACUGUCUGCUGGGAAGAACAUUGUAGUGCUGUCCUGAUCCAACGUUUGCUUAUGUUAACUUUUUGUUGAGUAGCACAGAACAUUUUGCAGAUGCUGCAAUAACUCUGCAGAGCCAACUUUAGUUUAGUUUCAAAUUAAAAUUACAUUAUUCCAAUAGCCCCCUACACCCUCAGACAUGGAAGCUGUUCCGUGAUAGACUUCUUGUUGCAAUUGCUCUUUUUGCUGUGUGUAUAUGUUGUCUUUCUCAAUAUUUUACAAACCAUAAGAAGGAGAAGAAACCAAAGUUGGUAGGAUUUUUAAUGAGGAAAUUCAGACUUUCUUCUUAAAUGCAAAAGUGAAUGCUAUUUCAAAGAGAUAUACCAUGUAGCAUUAGUGGUAGCAUCCUAAAACAUAUCCAAUACUUGUUGACAAAAACAACAAAAAUGUCAGUCGUGUUGUUUUUGGGCCUGUGAUAUAAUGAAACCUGGCUGCUUUGAAAAUAGGAAUUGUGAAGAAAUAGAUGCACAUUUCUUUUGGGUUGCAAGGUUGACUCUUCAGAUGGAUGUUGGACACACUUUUCUUGGGGUUUAUUAGUUGUUAUUCCUUCCCCUUUCUCUUUUUCUUUUAAACAACUUUUGUUGUUGCAUAUAUAAUUAUAGUUUAAUAGAACUGACAUAGACUCAUGCUGGGACUAGCAAACUAGAGUUGGUCUCCAUCCUGGCAAUGUUUUCUACCUUGGUAGGAUGAAUGGGUUACUAGAGGAUUUUUCAAGUCUUAAAGAAAUCUGGCAAAUAGAAUUCCUCAUUAUAUACGGUCGAAAAAUUAAUAUAUUUUUCUUUCAAAGUAUUUAUGUUUCAUUCUGAGCCAUUUUGCAAUUAAGUAAAGCAAAGGGCAGUUGAAAUGCUUCAUAUGUUUAAAAAAUGCAGGGAGCCACCUCUGGAACAACAUAUUGAGCUGACAUGAGUGUUACAGUAAAACCCUCCAUUUGUCAUCAUGGGAAUGAGCUGCAGCGAGCCUGGCUUUGCAUUCCCCCAUCUGGCAAACCAUGAGGAUAAGAUUCAAUGUUUAUUGUCUCUGGGUUAAAAAAUGAAUUUAACUUUCUGUCUAGAUUCUUCUGAGGUUAAUUUUCAUUCUGAUGUGUUUGAAACAAACCACCUUCACAACCCAUGCUUUGAAGUUAAUGGGUUUUAAGCCAACCCAAGUUAAAAUUAAACCAUUGUUUGUCAGCUUGAGAUGAAGCAAGCCAUUGUGGUAAAUGGGAAAAAAGAAGCAGAAGCCUUGGGUCUUCUCACUGCACUGAGGGAAUGGUGCGAUGUCCAAAACGGGCAUUUUUCUUUUGCUUGCAACAGCUUGAAGAUGCAGUAUGGAGCCAAGUCCUAGCCCAGUUCAAUCUUGUUGCAUGCAAUUGAUUGUCACAAUGCCAAAUCUUUAGUGAAUGAAGUAGUGGGAGGAAGUGGCUUCUCCUUUCUAAUAGUCACUUGUUGUAUACAUUUAUGGAUUGCACUCAAGCCGCUUGCCCAAGCCUCUUUAAAAACAAGAAACUUUGUGGGGAGUAACCCAGUGUUGAAUGCAAAGCUGCUAGGUGAAUUUUUUUCAGAAUCGCGUUGCUGUUCUAAAAAAGACCAGAGUAAACACUUGACUGUGGUGGCAUUAAUGUAAUGGAUUCUAAAGCAUUUUUGAAAGCCCAAGUUUGAUGACUGCAGGAUAGCAAAACAUUAUUCUAGCUGUGGUCUGAGCACUAACUACAGUUACUGUAGUACCAAGUACUAUCAGAGGAACAGAAGACUUUAGUCAACUUCAUUAAUUUAUUUUCUCCUGUACUUCUGGGAGUUAUCUUGCAUUAUUUAAAUGCAGGCUCUUUGAUAAUGAAUGUCUCAGUCAGUGGAAACUGAGGUUUAUUUCCUCCCUCUAAAAAUGCAAAGAAAAACUUAACUAAUUUGCUCUUGUCUUUAUUAGCAUGGAACUUAAGAAAAAAGUGAGUCAGCGAGCAGCGGAUGUCAUGUCCCUUGCCCCAAUAGUAUUGCAUUCAGACCUUGUUUUUGCAAUAGAAACCCAUUCUAUAACUAGCAUGAAGUGUGAUAAACCUGUACUUGUAAAAUGAUCAAGUAGAGUUGGCAAUGCUUUUUGGGGUUCCUUUUAUUAUAGAGGUUGCCAGUUAGUUCAUCCUAAUAAUUUGGCUUCCAUAGAUUAUUGCAAACAUGCAGUAGCUCUGCUGUAAAAAUUUGAUGCAGUUAUAAUUUAAAUUGGGACAAUAUAAUAGUUUUAAAAGUUUCAACUAUUAAGAGUAUUAAGAAACAGGCCAAAAAGGCUACAACUAUACAUUUCAGGACUUGAUGCCAAGCAAGGCAUAGCAACUUCAGUGCUUAUAAGGAUGAACUAACUCCUUUUUGUUGAAAAGUGUGAUUUCCGUAUCCUAUAUAACAUGCUUGACCAAGACAUUCUCCUCUUUAACCCUGUCUAAUAGUUAAUGGGACCCUUUCUUUAUUUGGAUUUUUUCUUGGGUAUAUAUUUAGGAAUAUUAUAAAUUGUUUUCCUUUCCCCUCCAAAAUUGCUGCAUCUCUCUUUAAAGCGCAAAUUUCAGGUCUCAUUUUGAGUGUGCACUGCAGUGAUAAGAGAGAAAAGCAGUUAAUUUUAUGCCAGGUGUAAUCCUGAUUAUAUUUGUUAUGCAACAGCUUGCUUUUAUGGCAGAAUAUGUUGUAUCAAUUUUCUUUGUAAACUUAAGUAUAGUUUUUGGAAAUGUCAGCUAGCUAAUUUCUUGUAUAUGUUUGGAACAGAACUGAACACCUUGAAUAACUCCCAAUUCCAGGAGGCGUUUUUUUACUUGAUGACAUGAAUAUUGAUGUUGGCUUUGCAAAAACCUGUAUAGGGUAAACACUGUCCUUUUCUCCUCGGCACCAACAUUGUUGUGGAGGGCUUUCCAUUCAGGCCAGAGGUAAUGAUCACACACUGUGCUCAGCAUGGGCAUUUGUGGCGGACUCUUUUAAUGGGCCUGAGUUGGAGAUGGGAAUUUGUUUCCCAGCAAAAGUUGUGCUCGGGGCUUUCUGGGAAACUGCAGUAAAUACAUUAGGAAAAAAAAUGUGUGUUGCCAACUGAAAAUCUUCAUGUUUCACUGUUUGCACACAGCUGAGCAAGUGCAGAUCUUGAAAAAGUUUUUCUUUGGAGUAAUUUGUGAGCUUUAGUUCAAAAAAAGUAACUUUCUGUCCUCUAACAUCAACUCAGGGGUUAUGUGAAGCAGUUCCAAGGGAACAGAUGGUGGUUGCAUUACUCAAGGAUUUGAAUUGGGGGGGGGGGGCACUCUUUUUUAGAGUAAAAUGGUGUUUUUAAAAAUGUCACCUAAAGUUCUGGUGAAUGUUUUGAAACCACUUUCUGCUAUAGAGGCAAGUAGUGCUCAGGACGUUUUGUUAAGGUGUGCAUUCUCUUUUGUCUCUCCUGGGUUGUGGCUCUUGCCAUCUGCAAAUGAAGUUGCAGUCUGGAGCCUUGAAGAUCAAACCAUGGAUGAGCAUGGCCUCCAUUCAGUUAAUGGGAAACUUAUUUGUUUUGACUUCAAUGCACUUUCCGGCUUUCUCGUUGACUGCAAAGGAGGAGGAAACUGCUUUGGCACUGCAUCCCCUACUUUUUGACUGGUUAGUUUUCUUGUGAAAGGAGUAUUACAUAUUUAAGGAUAUUGAGUACAAUAUUUAACUAUGCUGCUUUAAUUUCAUAACAGCAUCAAUGUAGCCUUCUGGGACUCUGGCUUAUGUUUACAUAACAAUUACUGAAUAUUGCAAGAAAUAUUCUGUUUUGGUUCUAUUUGGCACCAUCUUUUCAGCUCUUGAGGGACUGAAAGGUACUAAUGCUUCAUGUGCCUGAAAUACCUAUUUGAUUUUUUUUGUAAGCCAAAUGCAGCCUUACUUAUAACAGGAGCUUUCAUUCCUUUGUGCGAUCUUGGGUUUGUGUCAUUAAACUGCCUGUGUUUAAGAACACUUCCAUGUCUUACAAAUGUGUGGGCCUGUUUUAUUCCCCACCCCACUUGCUGUAUGUAUGUAUUUAAGUGUUCUUGAGCUUCGUCUCCAAAUCCAUCUGCUUUGUGGUAGCUAGAGAGGCCUCGCCUCUUGCUUCAUAAGGGUUGUGUUUGAAACCAAUGUCUAGGGGACAUAAUGGCAUAUCUGUAUCUGGUGACAUCGUACCAGUGACAAUGGGCUUCUGUUAAAUCAGUGAUGCUACUGUGUUUCUUUACAUAUACACUAAAGACUGAGAAGGAAAUAAAUGUUGCUAUAUAAACUAUGAAA